GACCCGGGUGACACCGGGACAGGAGGCUCCGUACCCCGGGACCUGCCUGGGGCCACGGAAGGGGCCAUGGCGGCCACCGGGGCCGGUGCCCUGGGCUGGCGGCUGUGGCUGCUGCUGGUGGCCGUGCGCUGGGCUGCAGGGGCCCGGCCCUGCAGCCCCAAGUACUUUGGCCGCGAUGCCAUGGUGUGUGUGUGCAACGCCACGUACUGCGACACGCUGGACCCCGUGGUGCUGCCGGCACCGGGCACCUACGUCAAGUACGAGAGCAGCAAGGCUGGGAAGCGGCUGGAGCGCAGCGAGGGGAGCUUCCAGCGCCGCCUGCGAGCCCCAGACCUCGUCCUGACCGUGGACACGGCGCAGCGGUACCAGGAGGUGAAGGGCUUUGGUGGCUCCGUCACUGAUGCAGCCGCUAUCAACAUCUUGUCCCUGCCCGAAACAGCCCAGGAUCAUCUCCUGCGCUCCUACUUCUCUGAGCAGGGGCUGGAGUACAACCUGGUCCGGCUCCCUAUGGCCAGCUGCGACUUCUCCCUCCACGCCUACACCUAUGAUGAUGUUCCCUUUGACUACGAGCUGAAGCACUUCAGGCUGCGAGAUGAGGACACGAAGCUGAAGAUCCCCCUCCUGCACCGAGCCUUGGCCAUGAGCAAGCGCCCGCUCUCGCUCUACGCCAGCCCCUGGACCUCCCCGACCUGGAUGAAGACGAGCGAGUCCUUCGUGGGGAAGGGCACCCUGAAGGGGCAGGCGGGGGACAAGUACCACAGGACCUGGGCCAACUACUUUGUACGGUUCCUGGAUGAAUACGCCAAGCACAACCUGACCUUCUGGGCAGUGACAGCGGAGAACGAGCCCUCGGCGGGGCUGAUCAACAACUACCCCUUCCAGUGCCUGGGCUUCACAGCCGAGCAGCAGCGGGACUUCAUCGCCCGGGACCUGGGCCCCGCGCUGGCCAACAGCUCCCACCGCGGCAUCCGCCUCAUCAUCCUGGAUGACAACCGCCUCCACCUCCCGCACUGGGCCAAAGUGGUCCUGGAGGAUGAAGAGGCAGCUCGCUAUGUCCAUGGCAUCGGCAUCCACUGGUACCUGGACUUCAUCGGGCCCAUAAAGGACACGGUGGUGCCCACUCAUGAGCUGUUCCCAGACUACUUCAUCCUGGCCACGGAGGCGUGCAUCGGGGCCCAUUUCUGGGAGAGGGAUGUGAUCCUGGGCUGCUGGGAGCGGGGGAACCAGUACAGCCACAGCAUCCUGACGAACCUGAACCACUUCGUGUCCGGUUGGACCGACUGGAACCUGGCCCUGGACCUGGAGGGGGGCCCCAACUGGGUCAAGAACUAUGUGGACAGCCCCGUCAUUGUGGACAGCAGCGAAGGCAUCUUCUACAAGCAGCCCAUGUUCUACCACAUGGGGCACUUCAGUAAGUUCAUCCCCGAGGGCUCCCAGCGCGUGGGGCUCGUUGCCUCCAAGGAGUCCAAGAAGACGGAGCUGGAGUACACAGCGUUCCUGCGCCCCGACGGCGCCGUGGUGGUGGUGGUUCUGAACCGGUCCCCACAGAACAUCACCUUCGGGCUGGCCGAUAGCGUUGGCCUCAUUGCAGCCGAGGCUCCGGCCAGCUCCAUCCAGACCUACCUAUGGCAGCGGCAGUGAUGGGGCUGGGAUGCCCAUGGCUGGCCAGGGGCUGGAUUUUGCUGGUGCUCCACUGGCUCGGGCCUGGGACUGUGGAAGAGGAGUCCCACCACCGCAAUGGGGCCGAGUGCUUGGGCAGCACCAGCCACGUGUAGGAGGUCCAGGGGCACUGGUGCCCCUUGGGGUGGAGCUGCCCCAGGCUGUGAACGCAGUUUCCUGCUGCUCUGCCAUUAAAUGCUGAUGCUGCCUCGA